AAAUAAAUCGAUAUAUUUUAGCAUCCCUGCCGAUUUAGAAACACGCGCAAAUAAUAAAUAUACAAGUAAAGAAUAAAUAAAAACAGCGCCUGGGACCUGUUAAGGUAGUAGCUGCCACCGAAGUAUAAAACACCCAUAAGGCCAAACAAAGACACAAGCUACAAUGGCUGGAGUACUUUUCGAGGAUAUAUUCAACGUAAAGGACAUGGACCCCGAAGGCAAGAAGUUCGACCGUGUCUCCCGCCUGCACUGCGAGUCCGAGUCAUUCAAAAUGGACCUUAUACUGGACAUCAACUCUUGGCUCUAUCCCAUGGAACUGGGCGACAAAUUCCGCUUGGUGCUGGCCACAACGCUGCGCGAAGACGGCUGCCCCGACAGCGGCGAGUACAAUCCCAUGGAGCACGAGGGCACGCGUGCUGAUAGCUUCGAGUAUGUGAUGUACGGCAAAAUCUAUCGCAUCGAAGGCGACGAGGCUCACAAUGAAGCCUCUCGUCUAUCGGCGUACGUCUCGUUCGGUGGCCUCCUCAUGCGUCUGCAGGGUGAUGCCAACAAUUUGCACGGAUUCGAGGUGGACCAGCACAUGUAUCUGCUAAUGAAGCGCCUGGCGUUCUGAGCUUACUCGUUGCAUACCCAAUUACUGUUCCAAUUCAAAGGUUAGACAUAAACAACAGACUUUAUUAAUUACAGAA